CUGAACCCACAAUCCAUUGCCCACCGCCAUAACAGCGAACACCAGAAACCUUUUCGGGCAAAAAGACUAAUUACAUUUCCCCUCUUCCCACUUGAUCAAAAGAUCAGGGUGCCUAUUUCCAUUGAUAAUUCGUUGGCUUAAUGUUUCACAGACAGGAUUAACCAAGUGAAAAUGGUCCGCUUCGGCCCAGAUCUACGAGGAAGGAAUUUUUCAUGGGUGUAGUCGGCUUGACACCUAGAUGAAAUUUCUUUAGUGUCAUGUGUAAAAAUUAAUUUUCUUUAUCUUUCACAUCGUGUUCAGUGCUUUUUGUUUUCUGGGAAAUUAUUUGAAGACAAUGGGCAGUCGACAAAUACCCAACGAUAAGAUAAACUUGCGGUUGAUUCUUGUGAGUGGAAAAACAGAGGAGUACUUGUUCUCCCCGAGUGAUUCAGCAGCAGAAAUCACAGAACGUGUUUACAGCAACUGGCCUCAAGAUUGGUCAGAAGAGCAGCUACCCCCAACCAACAUUCUGCGGCUCAUAUACCAAGGACGAUUUCUCCAUGGUAACGUCACAUUAGCUGCUCUGCAGUUACCCACCGGAAAGACAACUGUGAUGCACCUGGUUGCAAGGGAAAACCUACCUGAGCCAAACAAUCAAGGCCAGUUAAAGAAGGACAAGAGUGGGGAGAGUGGCUGCAGCAACUGUUGUGUUAUACUUUAACUAUCAGCUAUCAGCUGGUGGCCGGCCGCCAGUACCCACAAUAUCUUUGGCAUCCAGUUCCUGUCUCCACCACUGGCUAAGGUUUUUCCCUUUCAUCUGGCAAAAAUGGACGCCGGACAACAAAACCAUCAAAAUUUGCAUAUCACAGGAAAUCAAAUAUUGAAUCAACUAAAUUCUGCAUAGUGGUUCCACUCUUUUAAGCAGAGGAAGAGACUAAAAAUCAAUAAGAUACAUUGACAUGGUCAGUGGUAGCUAGCACAUGACAUGUUCAUUGAGGCUUUCAUUUGAUAACUGACAUAAUUUGACAGACUUUAAUAUGACAUUUACCUUGAUUCAGAUCUAAUAUAUUGUGACGUUAUUUUUUAAACUCCAAAACAUACUCGAUGUACGUGGGGACAGUUUAAUAUUGUACGAGUGAAAAGGAAAAAUAUGUUGAAUCAAAUAUCUGUGAUGAAGGCUUGAUUCCAUGGGAAUUAAAUUGUGCAAAUUUCUCAUCGUAUCUAGACGAUAGUGGAAUUAGAAACACUUUUUCUUAAUGUCCCGAAAAUGACAGUUUUAGAAUGUGAUUUUCUGUACUCAACAUCACACCACUAUUCAAGAGGAGCGUACACUGCAUUCAUUCAUCUCUAACACAAAGACAACCAUAUGCAUCAACCUUUUACGAUAUUAUUUGCUCACUGAUUCUGUAUGGAUUGACUGGAUAUGGCGAUCUGUGCAAGGUGUCCUGGUCAGAUGGAAUCGGAUGCCAGUACAUCGCGGGAUGAUCAAGUUGCUGGGUUGUCGUUCAUCGUAACUGUAUUGUUAUCAAACAAGUCAUGACUGGAGUAUUAAUAUGCAAUUUUUUUCAUUCGUGAAAAGGGUUGGAGUAUGUCUGUGAUGGUGAUCAGUGCUAUGCUGAUAAGGGCCUCACUUGUGAGGCUUGGUGUGAGGGAAGAAUCACAUACAGACUUUGUGUGGUCCCUUGGGAUGCCAGAGGGUAUAUCUAUAGGACUAUGGAAGUGGACUUGGCCAUGUGGCCAAACUGGAGUCUUUCAUAUUGGGAACAGCUCAUUAUGAGAUCUGAGUGAACUUACAAUAACCUAACACCCUUGUUUGGGACACUGGACUCAUCUCAGCUACGACUUUGUCCAGUCAGUAGACGAGGACGGCGAAACUGACACUCUCACAUGUCUCGGAAAGCAUUGUCUUCCCGAGGCAAAUUUAGGUAAAUUGCAUGAUAGUCUUUUUACAAUUUAUUUUCUUUCAUUUGGAUUUGAUGCAGAAAAUGGACUUAGUGCAGCUGAGUUACUGACGAUUUCAGUGAUUGUGUUCCCUUUUUGUUAUGCUACACAGUAUCAAAGUGUACAGAGAAAUUGUGUUUAACAAGAGAAUCACGUAACUAAUUGUUAUGUUGUCACAAUGGAGCAUACUGAUAACAGACCCUGGUGGUCGUAUCAUGAACUAAAUGUAUUCGCAGCUGUGUAAUGCUCUGAAGUAUGUUGGAAUUAGUAAUGCACGUUACUUCUUAAGCAUUUUUCAUUGUUAAUUAUUUCUUGUGGAGAAUUCUCAUCCGAUUUCCACUCAGUCGUAUGUAUGUAAGAUAUGUAUAUGAAUUGUCUAAGUGCACAUACAUACACUAUCAGGCUUCUUUCUUUUGGUAACUUCUUCAUAUUGUGAAUAGAUGUCGUGACUGUAGAUAUAAGUAUAUAAAUAUAUAUAUGAAGUAUAUGUGUAGGUCUUGCUGAAAAAGCCUCUGUUACAUAUUCAACCUUUUACAAUGUCUGUAUAAACUUUUUUUUGAACAGCACCCUAGAGAUUUUUCAAACUUGUUUAUCUGUUAAAGGUGAGAACUGCAUGGGCAGUAAUGUGAUGAUUUAGCACUUCUACUCAAAUGAUAAACAUUAACACAAGUCCCUGGUCUUUCUUCUCAUUUUCUGUCCAGAUGGACGUAACCAUGGAAACAGGGAAUUCCAUUCUUGUGGAACAGAAUUUGGGAGAAAUUUGUUCAUGUAUAGCAACCAAUUAAAGAUAUUAAGACCAUCAUUGUCUGUGGAUUUUUAUUUCAGUUGUUAGGGCAUAAAAUUCAUUUUUAUAUAAUUUCUCAAACAGACACAGAUCUUGUACAUGCUAUUACAGUGUGUAUAACACGCAACCCAGUUUAGUUUCUUUUACAUAACUCUUCUCCUGUGACUUCAGAGUUGGACAAUGCCAUGUUCCCAUGGUGGCCAUGUCAUGUAGUCACUAGUGUUCCAUAGUGUGUGUGACACAGCAUGGCGUCAUGUUAUAACAUGUCACGGAGUCGUAGUGUGUUUUUUGCUGUCUCUUUCUUUAGAGCUCUACACAAACAGUAUAGACUUGACUUCCUGCUGGUUUCAUGCCCUAAGGUCACUCACAUUGUCUCAACCACUACUGUGAUAACAGUGCACUUUAAAACGUUAUAGAUUUAACUCAUAUUUUAAAGUGUUAUGGUGUGAAAUUAGUUGCAUUUAAGCCCUUAUGUAUUUCUUUUAAUGUUGGCCGAAGUUGCAGCCAAGUUUCUCCUCUCAAAUAAACAAAUGUGUUAUGAAACUUGCUUGAUGUAAAACAGUAUUUACAAAGUUUAAGACCUCUCAAUAAAAACAAAAUUAUUUCACCUUUUAACCUAGUAUAUAUGGAUGACUCAAUGUUAAGUAUUACAAUAACAUUACAUUUCUGUUUCUGUGGUGUUCAGGCAUGAUCUUACUUUAAAGAGGGAUUCAGUUCAGGCUGAAGAGCAGUCCCAGACAUUUAUUUUCAAAGGGAUGAAACACCCAUUUGCUUGUCAGGGCCAUCUGAUUUUGUCAUAGUGCUAUGGUUAAUCAGUCGUGGCAUGACAGAUUGACUACAGGAAUAUGUAACUAUCAGGUGGUCCUUAAGUUCUGGAGUAGUGUAUGAUUUAUCAGAGUCCAAAUGGGUAAACUCACUCUGUCUCUGUUGUAUAGUCAAAUAUAUUUCAGUAUACAUUUUUAAGAUUCAUUUUGGUGUGUCACUAAUUAAAUAGAAAUAUCCCCAUCUAGUUUAUUUCAGAAGAAAUAUGUUCUUUUAUAAGAUCAUGCUUGUAACAACAACUCAACAUCAAAAAAGGGAUUAAAACUUAGAUAAAUGUAUUGGUAUAAUUCCUGGUAAUUCUGAAAGUAUAUGGAGGGAAAAGUGUUUAUGUUCCCUCAGUCAUACUGUAGAAUAAAUGAUUUACAUUUACAGCAACAAUACACCUUAGUAAUAUUCUUCAAUUUGAACACAUUAUUUUCCAUGAAUUAAAUCAUCAAAUCUUUUGUUCUUCUAUCAUGUUUUCACCUUAGAAGCUACUGGUUGGACCUUUUCGACAUGUACCACAUUUCCUAUUAAUACAUCAAAAUAUAUCCAUGUGUGAGUUGUUGUAAUUGUUUAUUUUUAUUUUAUAACACCUAUUACCAAGAUAGGAUCCAGAAUGUAUUUUAGCAACGUAUUAGCAGUUCUGAUGUCACCUAAAUGCAUAGUGUAUAUAUUUCACCAUAUUGAAGUGCAUAUUUGUACAAAUUAGCUGUAAACUUUGUUCCAUGUAAAAAUCCACCGAAUCCAACAGAAGUUGAACUAAGGAAAUAAAUACAGAUACAUGUGAAAA